UAUUCACUCAUUCAUUCAUUUCUCUUGAAAUCACUUCAACCACCUUUCUUUUUCUUUUCUCUUUCUUUCAACUUGUCUUCUUUUUCUGUCUCAUCCUCUUCUAUUCUAAUUCUAAUACAUAUGGCUUCAAGUGAAGUAGUAGCAGACCAACAACCUCCCCUCAAACCAAAGAAAUCAUCAACAUGUGUUUUAAGAGUCUCUAUACACUGUGAAGGUUGCAAACGUAAAGUCAAAAAACUCAUUCAAUCUCUUCCAGGAAUUGAAGAUAUACAGAUAGAUCGACAACAACAAAAAGUAGUGGUCACUGGUGACGUGUCACCGGAUACUUUAAUCAGAAAACUUGUCAAGUCCGGCAAGCAUGCUGAGUUAUGGCCGGAAAUUAAACACCCACAUGAGAUACCCUCCCGGAAAAUUGAAAAACCAUCAAGUAGUGCCACAAAAGGGGCUGUGAAUGAAGAAUCUGAGAAAGAAGUCAAACCGCCGGCGAGUAAAGGGAAAGCUCCGGCUGAAGAGCCGGCGAAGGCUGUCACCGGAGACGGAGCUCCGGCGAGUAGUGGUGGUAAGAAAGUUGAUGAAAGUGGGAAAGAUGGGGUUGAGGUAAAAGUUGAAGAAAAGAAGUUACCGGUGACCGGACCGGUCGGUAACCAAGAGAAUGAGGCGGUAGUUGAGAACAAGGAGAAAAAGGAAAUGGAGAAUACCGAUGUUAUUUUGGGUAAUAGUGAAUUGAAAAAGAAAAAGAAAAAGAAAGGGCAAAAUGGGAAUAGAAAUGUGAUUGGGGACACGUCAUCGAGUAGUGGUGGUGGUGGUGGCCCAAUGCCAACUAAAGUGGCUUCUAAUCAGAGUCCGCCACGUAAUCAUGGCCAAGGGUACCCGCCACGUCACCACUACGAGCCGCCGCCGCCAGCACCGGUGUAUACGAUGAGUUAUAACACAGCACAUCCUCCGGUGAAUAGUUAUACCGCGUCGUAUUAUGCACCACAACCACAACCGCAAACACAAUCUUAUGCUUAUUCGCAUUAUGGUUAUGAUAUGGCAACACAACCACAAACCUCGCCGCAGUUGGGUUAUGACUCGUAUAGGCAACCACCACCAGCAGAUUCGUUUGAGAUGUUUAGCGAUGAAAAUCCGAAUGGUUGUUUGGUUAUGUAAUUAUAUUGUGUGUACGGAUGUAAUGAAUCUUAUACUGCUUGUAUGAGAUGUUUAGUGAUGAAGAUCCAAAUGGUUUGAUUCGGUUUUGUAGCUACAAUGAUGAAAUUUAAAUUGGUUCGGUUCGAAUUAUAA